GAAAUUGAAUUUCUUGUGUUAAUGGUGGUUGCUGCUCUUUUGGAUCACAUUUUAAUUUCUUAUUAAAUUAUUUUAGUUAUAUAUUUUGAAAUAAUUUAUAAAAUAAGUAAUUAAUACAAAAGAAAAUUUGAUAUUAUUUAAAAUUUUAUUAAUUGCGAGCAAUUUGAACAAUUAAAACGCUUUUAAAAAAAAUGCUCAAUACAAGAAGCUACCAACAUUAAUGGCGAUGUAAAUAAUCUUAAAGACUUUUUUACGGUUUUAUUUACGUCCUUUACAAAAUCGGUAUUAAAAGAAAAAUUUAAAAAUUAUUUUCUUAUAUUACAUGUGAAGCUAAGAUAAUGCGAAGAAGCAAAUACACGGCAGUAAAUUGAAUGACAUUAAAUUGCUGGUCAAUUUAAAUUUUCCAGCGUCUUCUGCUGGGUAUGCAAAUUACAGUUCUUAAUUUGUUUUGUUUUUGGUUACGCUUUUUUCUCGCCGUUGUUGUUGUUUUUGUUGUUAUAAACAAGUGAACAGAAUUAAAAGUUAAAAGUCUUGUGUGCGGACUGUGAAACUGUUCAAUUUUGGAAUUUGUCUGGCCAGCUUAACUGGUUUGAUUUUAUACCGAUUUAGUUGAAUUUUUUUGUGUAAAGAGAAACUGGUGCCUCCGCUUUUUAAUGUUAUCGUCUUCAAGCAAUUUGGGCAAUUCUUCAAAGCAAAAUUUUAAAAGAUAAAUCUAUAAAAUAAAUGGCUUCAUCACGAAAUAGUAAAGGCUUUGGAUUACGUAUGCUAUGGAUACCAGGACGCAAACAUCAGCAUCCGAAAGGUCGUUACGAUUCCACAAAUAAGCAGGUAUCAUAUGCUGGAGGUAGAGGACAAAAAAAAAGCGAAAUAUGGUCCCUAGGCGGUAGCAGAACACAUAAAGACUUAUUAAAUGCCGAACCGGAUACAUCAUUACUUGACGGACCUUCCGGUUCAGGCUUAGCUCCUAUUAGCUGUGCUGCAAUCGGUGCGGCGGCAACAUGUAACCCAACCAGCAGUAAACCGGCAGAUUUAAAAACAUCUGAAGAGAAUUUAUUAAAUUUACCAAACACCCCCAAUAGCACCUCAUCCACAGCCCCUUUGGUGUCGAUACCAAACAGUCCAGAGGCAGUAGCAACUUCAACAGCUGUACCGACAACAACACCUGAAAGCACAAUGCCUGCUAAAACAGCGUUGCCACCUAUAAUUGUCACUACGACAACAGCUGAAAUAUUUGAAUCACGAAAAAAUCGUUUUGAAAUUCUAAACGAAAUUGAUAGCAAUAAUGUUGAAAUUGACGAAUUACCCCCAAUACCCAGUAAUUUAUUAUUGGAUACAUCUGGUGGUACAACCGCAUCUGCUGUAACAUCACCCUCGACUUCGCCUAUACGUUCAACAAAUAAACGUUCGGAUUCACCUGAGAAGAAGAAUAGUCAUAGUCGUCGUAAUCAUAAUAACAAUCAUCAGGAAGAUGUUAAUUCUAUCGAAAGCAUUGAAGAUAACGCUGUAGAUGAAAAAAUUAAAAACUUAGAUUGGGUUAAUCAAUUGCAGGAGGAACUUAACAAUACACAAGCGACUCUGCCGAAAACUAAAAAUAAAAAAAAGAAUAAACCCACCACAGCUAAAGAAAAGGAUCAACUCGACGGUGUGCCAACGAAAUCAAAGGGAAAAGAAUUGCCACCGGACGAAGAUGAAAAAGUGGUGAAAUGUCUGUAUUAUACAUUGAUGUGUUGUGAUUGCUCAAUCUCUUAAAGACAUUGCACAAGCACAAUAACUUAUUAUAAGUAUAACACUAAACAUUAAUACUUCUUACAUCAUUUUUUAUAGUAUAUAUAUAAUGUAUAUAAUUUUUUUUUCUCUCACUUUUUAAUAAAUAAGCAUAAACUUAGACUAUAAGAACUUUAAAAAUUGAAUUAGAAAACUAAACAACGAUUUUAUCGUUAAAGCAGUUAAUCAAAACGAACCUAAUGAAUCUCUUCAAUAUAAUUAAAUUAAAUUACUUAAUUAAGUAACAUUUGCCAAGCGUAACAAUAAGUAUUCCUCUUAAUUACUAAUGAAAUAUAUGAAUUCGAUAGUUAUAAGUAACAAAAAAUUAAAAAAGAAUAAGAAAAACAGAAUACAA